UAACAGAAGAAGUAUUGUAUGUCUGAAGAAAGUCACGACGCUAAUUUAGGGGUUGUCGGUCCGGUUCCAAAGUGAAGUCUCCUAACUCAAUACUGACUAGUCUUCUCAUGGAAGAGCAUAAAGAUGCGAUCGUGAGAGAGGCAGUUUCCCUUACCACUAUGACCUUCCCACAGAAGAUAAUAGAACUACACAACCUUGUCAACAGCGAACAGUUUGCCCUGACCUCUAUAGUAAAAGUUAGAGAGUGCCCAAUUAUAGAGAAAAAUCAGAUUCAGAUAAACGCUCACAUUGCUAAAUGCGGGGAAAUAUUGGGACCUGUAUUAACAGAGAUGAGGGAUCAUAUGAUUACUUUAAAGUUGUGGUUAACAGUGUUAAAAGCAAAGCAUGAUAACGGAGAUACGCUAGGUGUAGAGGUACAGAAUGAACUGAUGAACAUGGUGGUUGACAGUGAGGACUUUGCUACUAACAACUAUAUCGCCACCUUAGGGUUGAAAGUACAGCCAGGUAGAUGGCAGAUGAUAGCGAGCUUGAAACCCAAGAGAAGGUUCCCCCGAGUACUGCCCAAGUUAAGAUGGAGACUGAGACCGAAGGAGGAGCACCUGGACAUGGAACUGAUACGGACACAUGACGAGAGCGCGUUCACUCAGCUAAUAGAUGUGGCUCAUCAUAUCUACUUUACUUACCUGAAGGUGCACGACUACAUAGAGAAGAACAAGGACAAGAUAACGACACCACGCCAGGACCAUGGCGCAGACUUCAUGAUGUGAGCUGGUCACCCUGGCAACCCACGCGGUAACCACGUGGUUUACAAGUUGAAACUGUCAACAGAAGGAAGUUUAAACUGUUGAUAAUGUUGAAAUGUUUGAUAUGUGGUGUGAAAGUUUAAAACAUUGUCUGUGUAUCAGACCCCAACCAAAGAAAUGUGUAUUAAAAUGGAAAUGAAAUCAGAAUGACAACUUGUUACACUUAUAUUUAGUUGUGAUUUUCACCUCCGCUCAACCUGGUAACCUGGUAACCUGGUAACCUGGUAACCUGGUAACCUGGUAAUCAGAAUGACAACUUGUUACACUUAAUUAUUUAGUUGUGCUUUUCACCCCAGCUCACCAGCUUCAAUACCCAAACUUAAAACUAAACAUCUUAAUAAACAAAUUAGUAAACACCUUGUUAUUACUAUUUGCGGCAAACUAUGAAGUGUAACAAGACAUAAAUGUAAACUCCAAACAAAAAAGGCGAACUUUUCAGUUAUAGUCAAUAAUUAAGCAGCGAAAGCCUCUAGUACCUAAUUGGCUCAAUGUAAAAUGUUUAACUAUAUAAUAUUAUGUUUUAUUUGAUGAAGUUUAUGCCAUCAGUUUUACGAUGGCAUUUUAUUAUCAAAUUGUUAACUUUUUAUUAUCAAAUUGUUAACUUAUGGUCAUUCUUAAUAUUACUGAUUGCAGAAUGGGCUGUGCUGGUAACUCUGUUCUUAUUAAAUUGUUAAAACACAAAUUUAAUUAAUAAAGUGUGAUUUUUAGCUGGUAGGGAGA